UGACAUGAUUGCAUAAAUUCCACGAGUAGAUAGCUUUGUACUUUAAAUAAAACGCAGUGAUUUAUCAAUAUUCUAAAAUAAUUAUCGUAAUUUUAUAUAAUUAUGUCUAUAAUACCAUUCGACAAGUGGGCUCGACUUAUUCGUAUCAUAUCACAGAAUGGUGGGCUAACGAAAUCAUUUUACAAGCUUUGGAGAAUGGAUGAUCUAAAGGAAGGAAAACUAAUGGGCGUGGAUUGUUCCGGCAACAAAUACUACGAAAAUCAGAAUUAUAUGCUAGGACGCAGUCGAUGGGUUGAAUAUGCGCCCAAUGUUAAGUGGGAAUACGACGCCAGUCAGGUUACUCCAGAGUGGUUCGGCUGGCUCCAUUACAAGACUGACCGUCUACCGGGCGAGGACUGCGCCAAAUACUGCCUCUACUGUUGCUCCUGGUGUCACCGUUGGCUCUUGCCGCAUUCUGAAAAUAUGUCUGGUACAUCAGAGGCUUACUUCCCCUACAGUACUGUGAAACCUCAUAUUCAUGCAUGGGAUGGUUACACUGUAUGCAGUCGUCCUUGUCAUCCUACAUAAUUCGUAUAUUAAUAAUAUUAAUAAUAAAAAUAUUGAUCUAAUAAAUAUAUAAC